AUGUAUGGGGCCCACGCGCUGGAGGCCGACAUGGAAUUGGAGUUCCUGGAGACAGCCUGCGCUUGUAAGGCAGUCAUCUGUUGCCGCGUGACGCCCUUGCAGAAGGCCCAAGUGGUGGAGCUGGUCAAGAAGUACAAGAAGGCCGUGACGCUGGCCAUCGGGGACGGGGCGAACGACGUCAGCAUGAUCAAAACCGCCCACAUCGGCGUGGGCAUCAGUGGUCAGGAGGGCAUCCAAGCUGUGCUGGCAUCCGACUACUCCUUCUCCCAGUUCAAAUUCCUCCAGCGCCUGCUCCUCGUUCACGGACGCUGGUCGUAUCUCCGCAUGUGUAAAUUCCUCUGUUACUUCUUCUACAAGAACUUUGCCUUCACCAUGGUGCAUUUCUGGUUCGGCUUCUUCUGUGGCUUCUCAGCCCAGACCGUGUACGAUCAGUACUUUAUCACGCUGUACAACAUUGUUUACACCUCGUUGCCCGUCCUCGCCAUGGGGGUCUUUGAUCAGGAUGUGCCCGAGCACCGCAGCCUGGAGUACCCCAAACUCUACGAACCGGGGCAGCUGAACCUCCUUUUCAACAAGCGCGAGUUUUUCAUCUGCAUUGCGCAGGGCAUCUACGCCUCCAUCUUCAUGUUCUUCAUCCCUUACGGGGUCUUCAGCGACAACGCCCACCUGGCCGACUACCAGUCCUUCGCCGUCACCGUAGCCACGUCCCUCGUCAUCGUGGUCAGCGUCCAGAUCGGCCUGGAUACCGGUUUCUGGACGGCCAUCAACCACUUUUUCAUCUGGGGCAGCCUGGCGGUUUAUUUUGCCAUCCUCUUCGUCAUGCACAGCAACGGCCUGUUCCAGAUCUUCCCCAACCAGUUCCGUUUUGUUGGCAAUGCCCAAAACACCUUGGCCCAACCUGCGGUGUGGCUCACCAUCGCUCUGACCACCGUGGUCUGCAUCAUGCCCGUCGUUGCCUUCCGCUUCCUCAAACUGGACCUCCGGCCAGAACUCUCAGACACAGUGCGUUACACUCAGUUGGUUCGCAAGAAGCAGAAAACCCAACACCGUUGCAUGGGCCGCGUGGGGCGUGCGGGCUCCCGACGCUCGGGCUACGCCUUCUCCCACCAGGAAGGUUUUGGGGAGCUCAUCACUUCCGGCAAGAACAUGCGGCUCAGCUCGCUGGCCCUUUCCAGCUUCAGCGGCCGCCCCAGCACCAGCUGGAUCGAGACGCUGCGGAAGAAGAAAAACAGCGGCGGCGGUGGCAGCGAGCCCAGCGUGCCCGAUAAGGCGGUGAAAGUAUGACACAACACCAGGGGAGCAUCAUAGACGAUGGAUGGACCCGUGUGUUAAAGAUCUCGAUCCGCCGUGAGGAUGUGAGAAAGGGGGCUCGCUAAACGGGAGCAGAUCGGUCUUCGUAGCCAUGGCCGAGAACUCAGAACCGUGGCUUGAAGUCUAAAGCUAUCACCAUGUAACCAAAUCACGUAGCACCCACGCCUUCCCCAAAUUCAAGCUGCCGGUGUAUUUGAGGUAGCUCGCUCUAGCUGGUCAGCGAAGGUGGGACAUUUAAGUGUUCCUCUACUCGGACAGAAAACCCUUCAAGGGUUUGCGCUCUAUUUUUGAACCCAGGGAUAACUCCUCGUUCAGGUAACGUGACAUCAUUUCUCCAAAGUAUUACAAAUCAAGAAAAUUGGGGAGUGUAAGAUGAAGGUUAGGACUGUGGGAGAUGUAGGAGCCCUCCUACUACAACCCUGUAGCCUUUGCUUUGGGUUUGCCAUUUUUUUUAACCCCGGGAGAGAGCGCGGGAGAGAGAAAAUAAUCUCACAAACGCCUCUCGUUUACAAAAGAGCAAGGAUUCUCCUACUCCUCGUCUGGAUGUCCAGCUGGCAUUUGAAAGACACCGGGUCAAAUACUCCCAGGAGCAGCCAACGAGGCCCGCCUUACUAUAAAAGCAUUUGGCAUCCAAUACUCAGGUUGAAGAAAAGAGUCGCUCUGCGGCGACGUCCAAAUCUUGGCACAUGGAAACGUGGCUCUUUUCGGUUUAAAGACAAGAGGACCGAGUGCUUUCAGACUUACAAGAGGGGCGCUCCACCCCAAAAUCUUCCAAGGAGAGUUCAGGAUUUGCACCACGUCUGCCCGGGCAUCCCUCGGAGGCUUUGGAUCUCCCGUACGAGGGGAGAAAGUAAAGAGAUUUUAUUUUUGUAUUAUCAUGUCGGACUUUUCGAUUGCAAAGAGUUUCUUCCUUGACCUUCUUGGCCCUCACUUCCCGUGUCCCAUGAACUCGUGGAAAACAGGGACCACCAAAUCGGGCCAGAGUAAACCAAGAGUAACAUUGCGAAAGAGUACCGGUUGCAAAAAAACACCUCAUUUCUUCCUGCGGUCAAACUUGUCGAGAUCUGUACAGCUUCCACUUCCUUCCGAAGAAACAGUUCACCUUCUUGGGAUCUGUCUCGGUCUGCAGAGACCCGCGAAGAUAUCCUGCUACAUCCUUAACUGCAGAUCGAUGGAGCAGACUCUCGCCAGAUCCCUUAAAGCCAUGCUAUCCUGUUGGGGUAGACAAUUCGUCCAGAAAUGGGCACGACCGUUACGAGACAAAGGAUAACCGAUUCUGCAGAACCUCCACAGUGGUUUUCUUCGUCCAAAUGCAGAAUUGGGAGGGGGGUGGGGCCCCUGAGAUCUAUUUUUUGGGGGGGGGAAACCCUUUGCAAAUCUACCCUGUUGCCUUGAAGUAAGACAUCUUCUCCGUAGCCAAAUACGGUGGGACAAGUUUUCCACAUCCCCAGAAACAGAGGGGUAAUUGGAGCGCGUCAACCAACCGGUACCGACAGAGUUCCCAGCGCAUCCACGUUUUAAUUGGUACAGUGACUAAGCUGGUU